GAAGUCGUUCGGAGUCGUUCGGAGUCGUCCGGAGUCGUCCGGAGUCGGAGUCGUUCGGAGUCGUUCGGAGUCGUUCGGAGUCGUCGACUCCGGACGACUCCGGUCAACUCCGGACGACUCCGAACGACUCCGACUCCGGGCGGAUCUAGUGGUUCCAUUUUGCCGGAGUCGGAACCAAACUAACAAUAGUCGUAGUCGGAUCGGAGCCGUGGGUGCGCUCCAUACAGCACAUCACUAAUCCCGAUAACCCAUCACUACUGGUGACGUCCAGCUUGACAACUGGCAAAGUUUACAUUUUCAAAACACAAAACGGCGCUCAUUCUUCAGUUGCAUUAUGGCCUCAUAAUUGUUGUAAUGUAUUGUUUUUGGAAGAAAAAAAAGGUCCGUCCGUCGUUUUGCUCAGUUGGUGUUUAAGUGUGUAGAUGUGUGUAUGUGUGUGUUCGCAUAGUAAAGGGCAAUGGAUGACGAUAUGGCCAAAAUGAACGAUUCGCUGGCGGAUCUGGAGAACCGAUCGGACGUGCUGAACCAGACCAGCUACUCGCUGGCGGACGCCUCCUUCACCCGGGACGACUCGUACGAGCUGAACCUGCGCCGGAACGGUGACUGCGACGGGUUCGACGCCAGCACCGGCGAGAGCUGGAUCUACCCGGUGGACGUGCCGGUGCGCCAGUACCAGUACGCGAUCACGGAGGCGGCCCUGUUUAAGAACACGCUGGUCGUGCUGCCGACCGGGCUGGGCAAAACGUUCAUCGCCGCGGUCGUCAUGUACAACCUGUACCGGUGGUACCCGACCGGUAAGGUCAUCUUUAUGGCGCCGACCCGGCCGCUCGUCGCCCAGCAGAUUGAGGCGUGCGCGCGGGUUGUCGGCAUCCCCCGGGCGGACACGGCCGAGGUGACGGGCAGGCAGCCGCGCUCGAAGCGGGCCACCUUGUGGCGAUCGAGGCGCGUCUUCUUCGCCACCCCGCAGGUCGUGCUGGCCGACUUGCAGGGCACGGACCCGGGGGGAGGAAGUGGAGAAGGAGGAGGAGGAGGUCCGCUGUUUCCCGCCAACCAGGUGCGGCUGGUGGUGAUCGACGAGGCGCACAAGGCGAAGGGCCGGUACGCCUACACGGACGUGAUCCGGCUGCUGGCCGAGACGAACCCCUGCUUCCGGGUGCUCGCGCUCUCGGCAACCCCGGGCCGCACGCUCGAGGACGUAGCGGAGGUGCUGAAGAAUCUGCUCAUCUCGCACAUCGAGGUGCGGUACGACUGCUCGCCCGACCUGCAGCCGUACGUGUUCCGGCGGGACGUGCGCACGAUCGUGAUACCGCUCGGGCCGACGAUCGCGCGCCUCCGCAAGGAGCUGCUGCGGCUCGUCGACCCGUACCUGCAGCGGCUGCUCGAGGCGAACGUGUUCGCCCGCUACCCGAACCGCCUCACGCACGGGCUGCUAGUGAUGGAGCUGAAGCGGUACCGGAGCGGGGCGAUGCACCAGCGCCACCCGAGCCACGCCACCAUCGUGUCGGACUUUUACGCCUGCAUCGGCAUGUACCACGCGAUCGAGCUGCUCGUCAAGCACGGCAUACGGGCGCUGCUGAACUAUCUGCUCGGUAGCGGCGGCGGUAGCAACGGCCCGAACGCGCAGGAGAAAUACUUCAUCGCCAAGGACCGGCAGAUCAAGCAGUUUCUGGACCGGCUGAAGGACCAGUUCCCGCAGCACGCGCAACGGGGGCAGGAGUCGCCGGCCGCCCUGCUGAACGAAUCGGGCGCGCUGACCGGGAACGAUGAUGUCGACUACGGCCACCCCAAGUACCGGAUACUGGAGAAGCACCUGAAGGGAUUUUUCCGCGAGCAUCCGGACUCGCGGGCGAUCGUGUUCUGCGAGUUUCGCGACUCGGUUGCGAUGAUCAAGCGGCUGCUGAGCGACAAUCAACCGGCCAUACGAGCGAACUGCAUUGUUGGCCAGGGCAGCGCGAACGGUGUGCGCGUACCGCAGCAGGAGCAGAUCGACGUCAUACGGCAGUUUCGGGCCGGCACGAUCAACACGCUGAUCGCGACCUGCGUCGCCGAGGAGGGCAUCGACGUGGGCGAGGUUGACCUGAUCGUGUGCUUUGACAUCGCGAAAAAUCCGACCCGGUUCGUGCAGCGGGUCGGCCGCACCGGGCGGCAGCGCGUCGGCCGGGUGCUGAUGCUGGUGACCGAGGGCGAGGAGCACGAAACGCUCAAGCAGGUGCUCGCCUCGAAGGACCGGACCAACCAGCAGCUAGCCCGCAGCAAGGAGAUUUUGCGCGUGCUGUACCGCAGCUCGCCCCGGCUCGUACCGCACGGGCUGGAGCCGAAGUGCAUGAAGGUGAACAUGGCGGUGCUGCCCGAGCGCGACGACCGGUGCGGCCCGCACGAUUCCGAUUCGUCCGACGGGGAAGGUUCGCUGGUGGGCGCCGGUGCGGGCACGAACCGCAGGAAGAGCAAAUGGCUGGGCGAGGCGGCCGCAACACCGGAGGCACCGUCGGCGAAGCGCAGCAAGGCUAGCCCGUCGGGUCACUACUCGGUGCGGCACUACUUUCAACCGCGCGGCCCGGACGCGAGCGGUGAGCUGGAUGCGAGCGAGCGGGACAUUUUUUCCGUCGCCUCACCGCACGAGCAACGGUCGCGGGAGGAGGGCCAGAGCACCCCGCUAGCGCACGGCGGUCGGAAGCAGACAGGCAGGCAGCAAACGAAUCCGGCCCUCGUGCAGCGUUCGGUGCAACACUACAAGCAGCUGAGCCGGCAGAAGUUUCUGUGCCGCCAGGAGCUGCUCAGCGUGCCGGCGGCGCAGACCACGGUGCUGUCCAGUCCACCCGUACCGGUGCAGAGGGACGAUCCACUCGAGCUGCCCGACCUGAUACCCCACGAACGGUGCCGGCCGGAGGACAAUCUAACCGCUGACGAAGGUUUCGACAAAUCCAUCUCGAACCUGUUCGAGACGACCGCGUCGGAGGUCUGUCUGGAGCCUGCUGCUGCUACACAUCCCAGCAAGCGGAAGGUGGCCCCGGUGAACGCCGUAAAGAAACCGCUCAACCCCUCGACGGUCAAGAAGGGCAGACGGUCGGGGGUCGCUCCGCUGGAUCCGUGCAAUAGCCCGCUGCUGCUGGCGUUCAACCGCUCGGUGCAGAAGAAGAAAAACUCGGACACGCUCGUAACGCCCGACAAAAUCGCGACCACCGACGGUGACGCCGCGGGCGCUCUCGCAGCGGAAGCGGAACGGGAGCGUAUGAGACGGAAGAUGGUGCUGGAGUACUUUAAGCUGCACGAUUUGAGCGACAUCUUUGACGACGGCGAAAGCGGGACGGACCCGCCCGUUUGUACCGUGGAGGAGGACCGAACGGCUGCGAAAGGAACGUCCAUUAGUAGGAGGCUGUUUGGGGAGCUUGCAGCUGACUGGCCUGUGGCGAAUGUUGAGCCCGAGCAAAACCGGACGAGUGAAGACCAUUCCCCCGAGCCGCAGCUAAAUACGUCGGACACAACGGUGCGGCCGCUUGCACCGCAAACCCCCGAACCGCGCGGAUUGGAACGAGGCAGCAAAUGCAUUGACCUCGGUUCCGCCGAUCUAGUCUUUCAGGAUGAUAGCGAUAUCGAGAGCGAAUGGAUGUUUAGCAGUCCCGUCCCGUCCAGGCCACCGCGGAGCGGUACCAAACAUCCGGCGGGCGUUAGCGGCACCACCGAUCGGGUAGAAAACCUUCGGCGAGCAACACCCAACCCGCCAAGCGUUAGCAAACGGAUGGAAGGUAGCGAGACGGUAGCGUUAGCUACAGGCGAUCUGCGCUGUGAUCCGCCGGACUUGAACGAGAGUUUCAUCGGUAGAAAGGUGCGGCGAUCCAACCAGAACCGGAUCGAUUCGAGCGCGGAAAGCGUGGAGGACGUAACGGUCGUCGGGAAACAGUCGGACACAAGCUUCGAAGAAACUCCGGUACGCCCGUCUGCCGCGAGCAAGCGAACGAAGCGAAAAAAGGCAGCGCGCGCCUUCUUCCAAACCCAGGCCGUCGACUCGGACGAAGACGACGGCGCUGAAGACGACGAGGGCCACGAGGACGAAGGUUCGCUGGCAAGCUUCGUCACGUCGUCCGACGACGAGCAGCCGAGUGCGGUCGAUAUGCGCGCAGUUUACCUGCAGUCCGUGCGGAGUCCGGCCGCGCGCCACGGUGCCUUCAAAAUGCCUGCCGACGGUUAUCGGCGGGCGGGAAGCGGCCGGCAACCGCCGGGCACGUACCUGGACACAACGGAUGCGCACAGCAUUGGCAGCGGGGAGGACGAUUGCUACCAAGAGAUGGAGGAAUGCUCCCAGGCGCUCUGUUCCUUUAUCGACGACGAUGACGCCAUCCAGUCGCAGACGAUGGAACUGUGCGAGCUGGAGCGGGCGGAAAAGCGGAUCGAGCAGGAGCGCCGACGAAACAGACGAGCCCGGCAACAGGCGGGCCCUUCUGCUGCGGCAGGGCGGAAGAAACGCCAGCGGGUGAUUACGAUUGACAGCUCGGACUCGGAUUGACUCCGCCGACUGCAGACGCCAGCAGCCUUUCGGCUGUAUUGUAAACCAUUAAAAAACAAGUAAAUUAUACUGUAUGGCAUUGGGUGCUGUGGAAAGCACA